AUGAACUUAGUACACGAGAUAUUUGUGGGUUUCCAUAUCGUUAAAAUGUCUGGCAUAGCAAGUGCACGUUUAGCUGAAGAAAGAAAAGCUUGGCGCAAAGACCAUCCUUUUGGUUUUGUGGCGAGGCCUAUGAAAAAUCCCGACGGCUCUUUAAAUCUCAUGACAUGGGAAUGUGCUAUCCCUGGAAAGAAGGGGACACCAUGGGAAGGAGGUUUAUAUAAAUUGCGAAUGAUCUUUAAAGAUGAUUAUCCAUCCAGUCCUCCAAAAUGCAAGUUUGAACCACCUUUGUUCCAUCCAAACGUAUAUCCUUCUGGUACAGUGUGCUUAUCACUACUUGAUGAGGAAAAAGAUUGGCGUCCUGCAAUUACCAUUAAACAAAUACUUCUUGGCAUUCAAGAUCUUUUAAAUGAGCCUAACGUUAAAGAUCCUGCACAAGCUGAAGCAUAUACAAUUUACUGUCAAAAUCGGUUAGAAUAUGACAAACGUGUUCGAGCACAGGCGCGUGCCAUGGCUGCCACAGAAUAA